AUGUUAAGAUGUACUCUAGUGGGCUUCGAAAGAAGUUAUCAGGCCAAAAUCCCUUCUAACCCUAUAAAUUUUAAAAGAAAUUUAAGUACCUUAGAAUCUAAACUAAAUCCUUCGUAUGUCUCGGGAUUUGUAGACGGUGAAGGUUCUUUUAUGUUAACUAUAAUAAAAGAUAAUAAGUAUAAGUCAGGUUGACGUGUAGUUUGUAGAUUUAUAAUAAACUUACAUAAAAAAGACUUAAGUUUAUUAAAUAACAUUAAAGAAUUUUUUGGUGUAGGUAAUGUAUUUCUUAUGGCUAAGGAUUCUGCACAAUACCGAGUAGAAUCUUUAAAAGGUCUAGAUAUUAUAAUUAAUCAUUUUGAUAAAUACCCCAUAAUAACUAAAAAACAAGCUGAUUAUAAGUUGUUUAAAUUGGCUCAUAAUUUAAUUAAAAACAAAAGUCAUCUUACAAAAGAAGGACUCUUGGAACUUGUAGCUAUAAAGGCUGUAAUAAAUAAUGGUUUAAAUAAUGAUUUAAGUAUUGCUUUUCCUGGUAUUAAUACUGUUUUAAGACCUGAUACAUCGUUACCUCAAAUUCCGAAUCCUUUUUAA